GUUGGAUUUCUGUAGCACUCUUCGGCUGCGACCCAUGGGGACGCCGCCGAAGCGACCGAGUCGAGGCAGCGAAGGCGGAGGUCGACCAUGAGCUCCAGAAUCAUCGCUUGCUUUCUACUUCCGGCCCUUGGAAGCGACCUUUCGCCUGGUGGCAGCUGUCGCGUGCGCCGCGCACGGCACGUCCUGCGCACAGCGGAAGGAGAUCAGCUGCUGGCGUUGCGGGAAGAGACGGAUGCCACGGGGAAGUGGUCUGGAAACAAGGUCUGGCCGGGAGCGUUGGCUUUGCUGGGACAUGUCUACGAACACUAUGAGUUGAAGGGCCUGAAGGUUCUGGAGCUGGGCUGUGGGCUUCCCUUCCUCUCCAUGGCACUGGGGAGCCUCGGUGCCGAGGUGUGUGCUACCGACCAUCCGGAGGUCUUGGACCAGGUGAGAACGGUGGCCACAGAUGGCCGCAUGGAGGGCCUCUCAGACCGGGCGAAGCGCCAUGUCCGCUUUGAGGCGUUCGCCUGGGGUGAAGGCCCCGCGCCCUGUGCGGCACAGCUCGUCCUCGGCGCCGACCUGGUCUAUGAUGGCUUUCCUGUGGACGCCUUGUUCGAGAGCACCACCCAGCUGCUGAACCACAGCGGAGAUGGUCGAGCUCGUGCCCUCGCAGCGGUCUUCGCGCUGCAACCACGGCAGUUCCCGAUGACCGCUGCAUUGCGCGAGCCACAGCUGAUCGCUGGUUUCUUGCGGCGCUUCGCACAGCUUGGCUUCCAGGUGGCCGUGACCCCCGUCACAGACGAGGCCUUGGGCGUGGCUGAGCAACCGGAGACCUGCGGUGGUGCUCGGAGUAGCCAAGGCUGUAGCGGCUGUGGUGAUCAUCCAUCAUGGUCGUCAAAAGUGGCAUGGUGUGAUGGGUCGUAUGUCGGCUCUUUGAGGGAGGUUUCCAGAAAAACAAUGAAGGUCAAAGACUUUAGGUUUUUACUUUGUGUGUUUUUGCAGUAUUGUAUAUAUAUAUAUAUGUAUUGUAAUCACUGAUGUCGUUCGCAAUCUUGACUCCGGCGUGGUUACCCAGUUAUAACUAGGCUCCUUUGAUUACAUAUUUCCGGGUCACUGAGAAGUCGAGCUCGACCCCCAUUCCCCAGCUGACAAACCCGGAGAAAUCUGCUUCUGCCUGUGAACCCCCAUCCCCAAGAGGUAAAUCAACCCAUUCACCAAUUCACCGAUCCCCGUGACUUCUUCCAUCCAGAGGAUCAGACCUUCAGGGUCUGAAAAGAAACUCAGCUCCAGGCUCCAGGCGGUCUUUUCACCUUCUUCUUCUUCUCCUCCUCCUCCUCCUUCUCCUCCUCCUUCUUCUUGGGGCACUUUGAAAUCCUUGGAAUUCAAUUGCUUCAUUAGGCUCCUAGCACGUACUGGCCGCAUGAAGUGUACGAAUUGGGACCCCUUUCAGACCUCGCA